AUGGCCUCCAACCCCAUUAUCUCUCUUCUAUCCAAGGAGUUGUUAACCAGCGAGAACUUCAUGAAAUGGAAGUCUAAUAUCAACAUAGUGUUGAUUGGCAAAAACUCAAAAUUCGUGAUGAUUGAAACUGAACCUGACUUUCCUGGAGAAAAUGCCUCGAAGGCCGUGAGGGAGAAGUAUGAUCGUUGGACUGAUGCCAACAAUAAGGCUAAGGCCUACAUGCUCACUAACAUGUCUGAAACGCUAAAGACUAAGAUGGAGAAUGUCGAAACUGCUUACGACAUCAUGGAGCAACUCCAAGAAAUGUUUGGGCACAAGUCAGCGCAAGCUAGUUUCGAGGCUACCAAGAAGUAUGUGAUGUGUAGGAUGGCACCUAGCCAGCAUGUUCGUGAUCAUUUUAUAAAGAUGACAAACUACUUCCAAGAAGCUGAGUUGCAUGGAGCAACAGUAGAUGAGAAGACUCGAAUGUAUGAGGGAAUAAACGGUGGACCGAGUAAAGGACCUGAGAAGAAGGCUGCUAAUACCGGGGGUGCUCAAGGUGAGGCUAACCUAGCCUCAUUCUCAAAGAUCAAGAAGAGAAAGACAAGGAAGGACAAAAAGAAGGCUAAGAAGCAAGCAACCACCAACUGA